ACCAUUUACUCUCGGAAACGCUCCCCCUCUCCUCGCAACCAAAUGCACCCAAAUCAAACCCUUUUUGAACAGUGCGCGCAUUGACCUCCACUGCGCACGUUAGGCUCUCAAACUAUUUUCCUCCCUCGAGUCUCUCUGCCCAAACCCCCCCAAAACCCCACUACAUUUUUCCGGCGAGUCUCCAGCCAAAUGCCCGGCCUGACUGCAGAUUCUGGCAACGCUCUCGUCCCACUCUCGCCUGAAGCUCAUGUAUCCGUCGUUUAUCCUCUCCACCACGGCCUCAAGCCCCCGAUCUCUCGCCUCUCUAUCUCUUGGUCCCGAGGCAACGCCCUUCGUGUGUCAGUUUUCCGGGAACUUCCGGCUGAGUCCAGUGACUCGGACGGUGAAGCUGGUGGGAAAGUGGUGCAAGUGAAGCUUGGAGUCGCAGAUGGAGAGGUCGAUGAUGCGCAGUGGCGGAGGAUUGCCUACGGUUCCGUUUCGCCGUUUGCGCUUCUCCAGAGUCGGAGGAAUUCAGUUUUGGCGUUGUCUAAAAUGUCGAUGAGUUCGUCUCCUUAUCACCCUGACUGGUGGGAGUAUGUGAUGGAGUACUGCAAAGACAUAAGUUCUCUUCUGGAUAAUGCAAAGUCACUUCCUAAUUCGGUGAUUGAUGACCCCAAGACAGUUUUAAAGAAAGUUGAGGAGCCUACAUGUUUGAAGGCUGCAUGGGGGCUGUUGGAGAUAUUCUAUGCAGACAAGGAAUCUCAAGCAUGGCUUCCUGAACGGAUUGUUGAUUGGUUAGCUGAUUAUGAUAUCCUCUUCUCAGGAACACAGGCAACUGUCCAUUCAAAGCUUGUGGAAUUUCAAAAAGAAAUUGUCCGUUUACAGGCUAUUGAGGAUGAUCCUAGAUAUUGGGAAGUAAUAACAUCGGCACUAGCAGUUGGCUGGUUAGAGAUUGUUGUGAAAUUGUUGCGCUUGCAUGGCUCUUAUCAAUUGGAUCAACUUAGCAAUCGUGAGACUGAGAAUGGGCUGGUAGAGGCAGUUGCCAUUCUUAUUUCAAAAAUGCCACGCAUGCGUUCUGAAUUAGAAGCUGGGAGAUUGGGUGAAUGCUUUAAAACGAAGCCUGAUUUCAUCAAGGCAUGGGAGAAAUGGCGGGCACAAAUAACUAAGCUGGACUGUAGCUCAUUCUGGGUUCAGUGUGAUCACCGUCAGACCAGGGACGGUUUGAGAAAUAUGCUACAGGUCAUGCUGGGAAACACUAACAAUCUCUGCACUUCAACAUGUCAUUGGAUAGAGCUAUAUAUUUCUCACUUUCUUUAUGUCAGGCCUUUCACAGUGGGUUUAGAAAGCAUGCACGCCCUAGCACAGAAAUGCAUUCAGUUGAAACCAAUUUCCAGUUCUCAUAGGUUGAUGGGGCUUAUUAUUGGAAUUCUUGGAGAAAAUACUGAGGUCGUGUUAGCAGAAUGCUCUAGAGCAUUUGGCCCCUGGAUGGUUGCUCAUGCCAUUGAGUUGUUGACUGCUGGGAGUGAUCAAGCAGAAAUUAUCUUACAGGAAGAGCGUGACAACCUAGGGGGAAUCAGUAUAGAGGAGCUCCACCGACUCGUCUAUGCUCAAGUCUUGUCGUCUCAUGCAUUAACUUGGCAAAUUGCUCCAAUUUAUUUGACCUCAUGCAUGAAGCAAGGAAUGGGUUUAUUGGAAGUUUUAUUGUACAAGCAACCUGUUCAAGAUAAUCAAAUGCUCCUUAAGACUACAGAAAUUUGCCGUCUGUAUGAUCUUGAAAGUAUCAGUUCAAGCAUUAUGAAGAUUGCUGGAGUGUAUCACUGGAAGCAUGGUAGGAAAGGUUCUGGAGUAUUCUGGCUUCAACAAGCUCGGGAUGAAUUUCGUCUGAACAGAAUUGCUCAGCAGUUGUUUGAUUUUGUUGGAAGGUCAAUCUCUGAUGAAAGUUUUAAGCAAUGGGAAGGAUUAAUUGAAUUGCUAGGUUCUGAAUCUAAGAUCGCUGGGGGGCUCGAUUUUCUGCACAAGUACAGGGAUUUCAAAAAAUCUCUUCAGCAGGUUCAAGUUGGAAAGACAACUGAUGCUGCUCAGCAAGCUGUUGAAUCCCUUAUAUCGCUUAUGAGAAACCCUUCUACACCUCAACGCUUUUGGCUGCCUCUUCUGCAUGACUCGUUGAAGUUGCUUAGUUGGCAAGAGCGUCCUUUGCUGAAUGUUAAUCAAACCAACCUGUUGCUGAAUAAACUGCAAGAGUUAUCUAUGGCAAGGCUGCGCCCAGACUUCAUUGAAGCUAACUUGCCACCACAGGCCUUAAGCUCUGUCAGGCUAGCUCUUGCCACAAAUCUCGGCCGGGCUAUCCUUGAGGAAUGAUGCCACUUUCCUCCAAUAUACAGCUCUCCACAUGUAAUUGCAUGACUGAACCGUACGACAAGUGAAGCUUCUGCCGUAGCAGAGAUGGAUUGCAGAUGCCUGUAAUGAGGUGUUGAAGUGUGUAACCCGUGACUCAUCUUUAACCAGAUUGAAAUCACCUAACUGUUCAAAUUUUCGGCGCAUCAUAUGCAUGAGGUCAUGGCAAAUGCCUUUGCUUCUCUAGAUGAGUUUUGAAAAGUGUACUCAACCCCUGCAGUUUGCAAAUGCAAAAUACACAGGCGGCUGUCCAGUUGAAGCACCAGAAAAGAUGUGGUUGUUGGAAUCAGGCUUGGGAGAUGGAUGCUGCUGGAGCCUGGAGGUAGUGGGCGUGACAAAACAUUUGUAACUUUUACAUAUGCGGAUUGGAACUCGACAUAAGCUACUUUUUAAGCAGCUUUAUAUAUUUUUUAUUAUAAGUCUUGUUUUAUUUA